AAGGCGGCGUCUGGUUUCACGAGAGAAAAGAGAGCGAAGAGGACGAGAAAUUGAAACAUGGAAUUGGAGAGAUUCAUGUUUGAUUUGUUAAAUCUCCGGAAUAUCAGUGUCUGGAUUAGAAGAACAAUGAUCUUCCAUUGCAGAAUUCGACCACCCCAACGUCCGUCGUCUUCUCUGCUCCGGUAGACCGUCGGAGUGUAGACUGUACAUUAGCCGCUCACUUCCGCUCAUUUCAAAUCAAUGUUUGUGAGAGCGCCGCUGCUUAAGGUUUCGUCAUUCUACUCAGUCCCAUGUCAUUCUCUGGUUCCGUUGUCUCUCUCUGCCGCAAUUUGUUCUUCUCCACGGACACCUUUAGCUAUCCGAUGUCAUUCAUCUCUCCCCACAGCCCACGAACCAUCUUCUUCGGCUCCCUCUGAAUCCCUCGAUGUGGUGCAUAAUCGUUGGAGGCCCAUGUGUUUGUAUUACACACAGAGCAAGUGUACAAUGAUGGAUGAUCCACUCCACGUAAAGAAGUUCAACCAUGAUAUCUCCAGGGAGCUUCAGGUAGAUGUUGCUAGCUCAAAACAUAUGCGAACUCAGGAUAUUGAGUUUUUUCUAGUGCUUGAUUUGGAGGGAAAAGUUGAAAUAAUUGAGUUUCCAGUCAUAUUAGUCAAUGCCAAGACACUGGAUGUGACGGGUUUUUUCCACAGGUUUGUUAGGCCUUCAAGAAUGAGUGAACGAAGGAUAAAUGAGUACAUUGAAGGAAAAUAUGGCAAGUUUGGAGUUGACCGUGUCUGGCAUGACACAGCCAUACUGUACAAGGAUGUUAUACAACAGUUCGAAGAUUGGCUGGUUGAGCAUCAGCUGUGGAGGAAGGAACUGGGUGGUGUUCUUGAUCGAGCAGCAUUCGUGACAUGUGGAAACUGGGAUAUAAAAACUCAGGUCCCACAUCAAUGCAGUGUGUCAAACAUGAAACUUCCCGACUAUUUUAUGGAGUGGAUCAAUAUCAAAGAUGUCUAUCUCAACUUUUACCAAAAGAAGGCGACAGGAAUGGCGACGAUGAUGAGACAACUCGAAAUACCCUUGGUGGGAAGCCAUCAUCUUGGUAUAGAUGACACAAAGAACAUCGUGAGAGUGUUGCAGAGAAUGGUUGCUGACGGUGCGCAUUUGCAGAUCACUGCUCGUAGGAAUCCCAAUUCUCCUCAACAAGUUAAGUUCCGUUUUGAGAACCGUAUUUAAUGGCGGCCAUCUUCAGCAACUUAUCAUCAAUAUUUGUCUGGAUGAUUCUUAAAUUAGCUACAAGAGAUCUCAUGAGGUGUAAAACUAUGAACUCGUGAACAUGUCGUGUAUUUUUUAGCGCCUUUUUUUCUCGUUCUAACAAUGGCACAAAGGAGAUUGAAUAUUUAGAAAAUUUAUAUUUUAUUUAUUGAGUUAGACUCAAACAUUAGAGAUAA